AUGGCGACGCGCAGCGACGCGCCCGAAGUGCGCGAGUCUAUCGAGGCCAAAGUCACCAACGAUGUCGACAUGACUGACGCCCCGGAUGCCAACCCUACCGAUGCGAACCGAACUGAAUCGACCGUCACUGCGAAAAUGGAUGCCGCUCCUGACAAAAUGGAUGUUGACGCCGCCGCCCACGACGCAGAUGCGGAUGUCGACGGUGAAGCAGAUGUCGAUGCAGACGCCGAUGCAGACGGAGACGCAGACGCUGAUGCCGAUGCCGAUGCCGACGCCGACGCCGACGCCGAUGGAGACCCCGAUGACGGCGCCGUGUCACCCGUGGAAUCCGAGCCUGGCGACCUCCUGGAUGUCAUCCAGACUCUCAACACAACCCUCAGCAACUGCAAGGACGAAGAUGGAGAAUGGUUGGCGGCUAGUUUCCAGCGCAUUCCGAACAAGCGCCAGUUGCCCGAUUAUUUCGAGAUCAUCGAGAACCCCAUCGCAUUUAGCACGAUCCGCCACAAAAUCCAGAAAAAACAGUACACAGCCUUCUCCGAGUUCGUUCACGAUGUCGCCCAGAUUUGCCACAACGCUCAAGUAUACAACCGCUCCUCUUCGGCCAUCUUCAAGAGCGCCACCGUAAUCCGAGAUCUGCUCAAGCAGGAGCUUCAGACACUUGUCGCGAAGGGUACCGUUAAACCGGAGGAGGCUGAGCUGCCAGACCUUGGCGAGCUUCCACCUGCCGAAGAUUCUUCUCCGGAGGCCGAAUCCGAAGAAGACGAAGAGGAAGAGGAGGAAGAGGAGGAGGAACAAGACGACGACGACGACGAUUCCGACGAGGACGGAAAGCGACGUCGGAGUAGGAGGCGCGGCCAGACUUCACUCACCAAGCGGCAGCUCGAAGAAGCCAGAGAGGAGGACGAGCAUAAGAAGCGCGGCCGCCCCCCAAAGGUCUUGACCCCUCUGGAGGCUCGUAUUCACAAUGUCAUCAAGGGUCUGCGCAAGGUUCAGUCGGACGACGGCGAUUUGCUCAUUGGUCCCUUUGAGAAGUUGCCCGACAAGGCUGCGAACCCGGACUACUACCAGGUCAUUCUCAACCCGAUUGCGCUGGACAACAUCAAGAGAAAGGCCAAGAGGAAGAAGUAUGCGACUGUGGAUGACGUGCUCAAGGACGUCGACCUCAUGUUCAACAACGCCAAGGAAUACAAUGAGGAGGGCAGCGACAUCUACGAAGCCGCCGUCGAGUUGCAAAAGCAGGCGCGUGAGCUUGCUAGACAAGAGAAGACAAGACCGGACGACGAAUUCCGUGACGAGGACGGAAAGCUGCCCUUGUCAGAGAUUCAGCACAACGGCCAGAUAUGGCGAGUGGGCGACUGGGUGCAUAUCCGCAACGUCAACGACAUGGCCAAGCCCAUCGUCGCGCAGAUCUUCCGCACCUGGCAGGACCGCGCGGGGCAGCGGUGGAUCAACGCUUGCUGGUAUUAUCGACCGGAGCAGACGGUGCACAGGUACGAGAAGCACUUCUUCGAGAACGAGGUGGCCAAGACGGGUCAAUACCGCGACCACCAGAUCGAGGAGGUGCUCGAUCGUUGCUUCGUCAUGUUUGUGACGCGCUUUAACAAGGGCCGGCCGCGCGGGCUGCCGGCGGACAAGGAGGUGUACGUGUGCGAGUCUCGGUACAACGAGGCGACGUGCCGGUUCAACAAGAUCAAGACGUGGACCAGCUGCGUGCCGGACGAGGUGCGCGAGAGAGACUACCAGAUGGAUCUGUUUGACCAGCCGCGGCGGCUCAAGAAGGUGCCCAGCCCGAUCAAACACCUGCUGCAGGCGGACGCCAAGGAAACGGACGAGCUGCCCAAGCCGACAUGGGGUGCCGCAAACGCACCGCCUAUCAUCGGUGCCGUGCAUCGACGGCCUCGAGAAGCAAACGAAUCGCCGCCUCCUGAAGCAACGCCGUCGCCGCCGCCGCCGCCGCCGCCGCCGCCUCUGGCGCAAGACGCGGCACGGCGCCCUUCGGUCCUUCAAGCGAUGCGGCAGACGCCCAGCGAAAUGUCGAUGGGGAACCCUCCUACGCCUUACGGGCACGGGAUGGGAGGAGGGGGCCCGUCGCCAUCGCCAGCCAUGUACGCACAGCAGCAGUACACGCCUCAGCAUGCGUCGGCUUCACCAGUAGCAGUGGCCCAUCAAACGCCGGUGCCUCUCCCCCAACUCCCUCACCAGGCGUCUCACUCUCCGCAGCAGCCCAUCCGUCCCAUAUUCCAGCAGCAGCAGCAGCAGCAGCAGGGGUUCGCUCCAAGCCCCUUUCAGCAGCACCAGCAGCACCCGCACCCGCAUCCACAGCACCACCCCCACCCGCAGCACCAGCACCAGCACCAGCACCAGCAGCCUCCUACGGCGGCUCCGGCGCCCCAGUUUCAGCAGUACCAGCAGCACGCGCACCAGUAUCAGCAGCAGCACCACCACCACCAUCAGGCCCAAGCGCCCGUCCCGCAGCACCAACACCACCACCAACCUGUCCACCACCAGCCCCAGCAGCAGCAGCAACAGCAACAGCAGCCACACCACCAGAUGCAUCCACAAAUGAUGCCAGCAAACCCUUUGGGCCCGACCUACAACCACCAUCCGAUGCAGCCUCACCCGUCGCCCGCAGCGCGUACCUCCAUGGCCGCGACGCCCAACGCCAUGCAGCAGAACAACGGCUACAACGCGCCACGGCCGCCCGAGGUUUUUACGCUGCCCGACGCCGUCAACGACCAGAUCCCCGAGGCGGUGCGCAGUCGGUACAACACGGACGAGAGCGGCAGAAUCAUUUUCUUCACCACACCGCCCGUCGCCCGCCCCCAACACGGCCUCGCCCCGGACAAUGCUCACUCGGGCCACAGCCUCGCGUACCUCGCCAAGAGCAACCCGACGUGGCUAUCGGACCGGACGGCCCGCGCCAAGUCCUUCUCCGUCGCCAAGCAGAAGGAACUGAAAACCAAGAUGGCCAUUGACGACAUGACCAAGGGCAAGACCCACGACGAGCUGCGCGAAUGGGCCAGCGACUCGUGGGCUCUGUACUGGAAGAGCCACGCCCACGAGACCAACGACAUGCUCGCUGACGACGGCGACGUGGACGACCACGAGCGUCUCAUGGCCGAGCAGCGCCGUACCCGAGUCAAGUCCAGGAGGGCACGUGCCGAGGAAGCUGAGCGGGCCGAAGAGGCAAGGAAGGCCAACUACCUCGACAAUAUUUACCACGCCCACUCGAGCCUGCGGUCGUCCAAGCCUCGUGUUGCAUGA